UCCGGUCCUCAGUGUAUAUACUUCGCAUCCGCUGCCACAAAUUCAUCCGAUGUGUCGGCUCUUGAGGCCCUCUAUCGCUCCCUCAACGCCCCAGUUCAACUCACUGGGUGGAACAAUAGUGAUCCCUGUGGUGAAAACCUAUGGCUUGGUGUUGCCUGUGUUGGAGAUUCAGUCAUUUCCAUCAAGAUUAAUGGAAUGGGGCUCAAUGGCUUCCUGGGUUCGCAGCUAUCCAGUUUCUUGUCAUUGCAACAACUGGAUGUGAGUUUUAAUAACAUCGGUGGUGAGAUUCCAUCUGCAUUGCCCCCAAACACCAUCUUCUUGAACUUAGCUAUCAAUAAUUUCAGUAAUAGCAUCCCAUAUUCACUGCAUUCUCUGAAGUCUCUUAAACUCCUGAAUGUGAGCCAUAACUUCUUCUCUGGACCUAUUGGUAAUAUGUUUACUGAUAUGCAAAGCUUGGAAAAAUUGGAUCUGUCAUUCAAUCACUUUUCUGGUGACCUACCAAACGGGUUUUCUUCCUUUACAAAUCUUCAUGAACUUUAUCUACAGGACAACCGCUUCACAGGAUCUGUGAAUUUUCUUGCACAGCUGCCCUUGUCUGUUCUGAAUCUCGAGAAUAACAAUUUUAGCGGAUCUAUCCCAGAGCAAUUUGAAUCUAUUCAGGAAUUCAGGUACAGUGGAAAUCAGUUCCAAACUGGUUUAAUGCCCCCUAAACCUCCAUUAAAUGAAGGUGCCCAUCCUCUAUCAACACCUAAUGAGAACAUCAGCGGCCCAUUCACUACCUCAAAUCCUUUCAAUUAUUCUUCUCUCCAACUGAGAAACCAUAAACGGAGAAUCUUAAGGUCAUGGGCUGUAGCAGUUGUUGCUGUUGUUUUAAUAGCCUUGUUUGUUGCAACUGCCACAAUAGUGAACAUCUACAGAGAACAAAUAGUACACAUCUGCAGACAGCAAAAGUCCAACUUCAAUACAGAUAAGAUCAGCAACGAUUCUUUGCUUUCACUUCCUGUGACUGUACCAACUGUUCCUGCAUUAAACCUGGAUCAGUGGGCAAUAGGUUCUCCCUCUACGUCUACGAAUAGGCGUUCCUCAAUUCAUCACAAAAAGCCGGAGGGGUGGUCAAAAAGGAAAGUUACUUGUAGGAAACCCAGAAACCAACCAACUGCUAAGAUAUACAAAGCUUCUGAACUAAGCAUUGCCACUAACAAUUUCAGUCAGGAAAGACUUCUUGGGGCGGGCCCUAAUGGUUGUGUCUACCGAGCUGAAUUCUCUGAUGGUCAGGUAGUAGCUGUCAAGAGGAUUGACAUGCUACCACUGGCUGUGCAUGAAGAAGAUGAUUUUCUAGAUUUAGUAUGGAAUAUGAGCCGCUUGCAACACCAGAAUAUCACCAGCCUUUUAGGUUAUUGUGUGGACCAAGGCCAAUACAGUCUUGUGUAUGAGUAUGCCAGUGGCCGGUCUCUUGCUGAUGCCUUGUUUUCUUCCAAUGAUACCUGUAAGGCUCUUUCCUGGAAAGCUCGGGUGAAGAUUUCCCUUGGUGUAGCCCAUGCUAUAGAGUAUUUGCAUUGUCUAUGCAUUCCUCCAAUUGCACAUGGGAGUAUCAAGGCAAGCAACAUUUUGCUUGGCAACCAGUAUGCUCCCCAACUCACUGAUUGUGGAAUAGCUACGCUAAGGCCUCUCAUCGAACCUAAGCCGGAGGCUAGUGAACUGAGAAAUCACAUUAAUUGUUAUGCCGCCCCUGAGAGUAGUGUUCCUAGAAAUGAUGAGGUGAAGAGUGACGUUUACAGCUUUGGUGUGAUUUUGCUUGAGAUUUUAACAGGAAAGAGGGCUUUUGACAUUUCAAGGAGGAAGCACGAGCAAUUUCUGGUUAACUGGGCUUCCUCUCGUCUCCAUGACUUCAGCUUGCUGGAAGAUAUUGUUGAUCCUUCAAUUAGAGACACCAUUCCUCCCGAGGUCCUUUCUCGAUUUGCUGACAUAAUCCUGCUCUGCAUUCAACCACAGCCUGAAUUUCGUAUGGGAAUGACUGAGAUCGUGGGGAAGUUUGUCCAUCUGGUUCAAAAGAUGGGCCAUGAUGCAUCUGAUUCUGAUCUUAAUAUGUCUGAUCUUUCAUUCAAAUCAACUGUUGCCUAUUUUGAGUAAUACCCUUCCCUUCUGAAUCAAUUUGCUGCACACACUGUACAUCAGCUGAGACACUUGACUGCUUCAUAGAAAAAUUUGCUCAUUGUAUGACCUAGUACCCUCUUCUAUUCUACGGUUCUACCAAAUAAUUGUAAGAUCUUUGUGGUCUUGUAUAGUUUUAGUGGAAUUUGUUGAAAAAAGUUUUGUUGUCUAGUUAUGAAUAUGAAUAUUCUGUUAAUAGCUCU